AUGGGGGCAGGAUUUCUAGGACUACCGGGCCUACUAGAGAUACUAGGACUAGGACUGCUAAGACAACUAAGGUUGGGAGUAAAACUGCUAGGACUACCAGGCCUACUAGAACCACUAGGACUAGGACUACUAGGACAUCUAAGGAUGAGGGUAAGACUGCUAGGACUACCAGGCCUACUAGAGCUACUAGGACUAGGGCUACUAAGACAACUAAGGUUGGGAGUAGGACUGCUAAGACUAACGGGCCUACUAAAGCCACUAGGACUAAGACUACUAGGACAACUAGGAAUGGGACUACUAAGAGAACUAGGAAUGGGGGGGGGGCAGGAUUUCUAG